AUGUCUGUUUCAUCUUCAAAAGCUAAGAGAGAACAAAAGCGUUUGGAAAGAGAAGCCCAAAAGUCGGCUGCUGGUAAGACCAUGAAGAAGACCAAGAAGCAAGCAGCAAAGGACUCAGAAGAAAAGGAAAUCGAUGACACUGAAGCACAAAUCUCUAAAAUGCAGUUACAAACUGAUGAAUAUGGUAUAUCAGAUAGAGUGACCACCGGUGUUUUGGAAUCGUUAAAUACGUCGAGAGAUAUUAAAUUAUCGUCAGUUUCGUUAUUGUUCCAUGGUAAGGUUUUAAUUCAAGAUUCGACCAUUGAAUUGAAUUAUGGUAGAAGAUACGGGUUAUUGGGUGAAAACGGAUGUGGUAAGUCGACAUUAUUGAAUUCCAUCGCCGCCAGAGAAUUCCCAAUCCCUGAACACAUUGAUAUAUACUUGUUGAACGAGCCAGCUGCUGCUACCGACUUCUCAGCUUUGGAAUAUGUUGUCAGAGAAGCGGAAGCUGAAAUGAAGAGAUUGGAAGACUUAGUUGAAGAAAUCAUUAUCAAGGAUGGACCAGAAAACCCAGCAUUGGAAGGUUUGUAUGAAAAGAUCGAUGAAAUGGAUCCAUCUACUUUUGAAUCUAGAGCUGCUAUUAUUUUGACCGGUUUAGGUUUCAACGGUGUCACCAUCAAGAAGAGAACCAGAGAUAUGUCUGGUGGUUGGAGAAUGCGUGUUGCAUUGGCCAAAGCUUUAUUCGUUAAGCCAACCUUGUUGUUAUUGGAUGACCCAACUGCCCAUUUGGAUUUGGCUGCUUGUGUCUGGUUAGAAGAAUACUUAAAGAGAUUCGACAGAAUCUUGAUUUUGGUCUCGCACUCUCAAGAUUUCUUGAACGGUGUCUGUACCAACAUGAUUGAUAUGAGAUUGAAGGAAUUGCAAUUAUACGGUGGUAACUACGAUUCCUAUGUCAAGACUAGAGCUGAAUUGGAAACUAACCAAAUGAAGCAAUAUGCUAAGCAACAAGAAGAAAUCGCUCAUAUUAAGAAGUUCAUUGCCUCAGCUGGUACUUAUGCUAACUUGGUUAGACAAGCAAAGUCAAGACAAAAGACCUUGGAUAAGAUGGAAGCCGCUGGUUUAAUUCAAGCGGUUGUUCCUGAUAAGGUUUUCACCUUCAGAUUCCCUGAUGUCGAUAAGUUGCCACCACCAGUUUUGGCGUUUGAUGGUAUGUCAUUCUCCUAUUCCGGUAAGAAAGAAGAUAACUUAUAUGAAAACUUAGAUAUAGGUAUUGAUAUGGAUUCAAGAGUUGCUUUAGUCGGGCCAAAUGGUAUUGGUAAAUCCACGUUAUUGAACUUAUUCCAAGGUAAAUUACAACCUCAACAGGGUAGAGUUAUUCAGCAUACACAUAUUAAAUUAGGUGUCUAUUCACAACAUUCUGCUGAACAAUUAGACUUGACUAAGAACCCAUUGGAAUUCGUCCGUGACAAAUUUUCCCACAUUUCUCAAGAUUUCCAAUACUGGAGACAACAAUUAGGUCGUUAUGGUUUAACUGGUGAAGGUCAAACUUCUCAAAUGGCUACUUUGUCGGAAGGUCAAAGAUCUCGUGUUGUUUUUGCAUUGUUAGCUUUAGAAGCUCCUAAUUUAAUUUUAUUGGAUGAACCUACUAACGGUUUAGACUUGAGUACUAUUGAUUCUUUGGCAGAAGCCAUCAAGGCUUUCAAUGGUGGUGUUGUCGUUGUUUCGCACGAUUUCAGAUUAUUGGAUAAGGUUGCCAAGGAUAUUUAUGUCAUUGAGAACAAGGGUGCCACUAGAUGGGAUGGUACUAUCUUGGAUUACAAGAAGAGUUUAGCUAAAGACGUUGUCAUUUAG